UGUGACUCUGAGAUCUGAUCUGCAGAUCAGCAAAAGAAGGAGCUCCGCCACGAGUCGCAGAAAUUCCAGGGCACGUUUUUAGCUCGGGGUAGCUACGAUAGCAGGAAAAUUGGAAGGUGGCCAUCUCAAAAGCGCCAAGUUGUACGCAGGUUCUAACUUCUAGCCAAAGUAAAGCGCGAGAGGUUUUAAGGACAGUGCUAGCUGGGGCAUUCUCUAAAAGUAAGUUGAAAAACUUUGACAACAGGACGUGUGGGGUGUGGAAUAAAGCAGCGAGGCGGUUUCAUGCUUCUAGAGUGCGACAGAGAGCCUUGUGUUCCUAGCUGGUCAUUGCACUCUCCAGCGCAAUGGGCAUGAAGAAAACGCUGACAAGGAUUUUCAGUAAAAAGGCCAAGGACGGCUCCUCGGCAGAUCCUGCAGUGGGGGGCACCCCUGUCGCAGGGGUUGCCGCACUGCGUGGGGAUGUGGCAAAAGCAAAUGGCAGCACAGUGGGCUACAAGUCAGGGGAGGCGAAGCGGGUACCCCUUUCUGGCCUGGACAAACUGAAUGUGGUGCUAAAUCCCCCCAAGCCAGACCCGCAGCGCGCGCUAGCCGGGAGCAAGAGCAGGGCGGCCAGCAGAGAUGCCAGGGCUGCCACCAAGAUCCAAGCCGCAUACCGGGGCCAUCUGGUGCGGCGCUCGGUGCGCACGCACAAGAGCCUGGUCAAGGUGCAGGCGCUGGUGCGCGGCCACAUCGUGCGCCGCCAGGCCGCCAUCACGCUCCGCUGCAUGAACGCGCUCGUGCGCGUGCAGGCCCGCGCGCGUGCCAAUGCCGUGCGCAAGUCGGCUACGGGCAGGGAGGUGCAGCAGCGGCUUGAGGCCGGCGGGUUCCGGGAGCCCGAUGGGCCGGAGAAGAAGAGGACAGAUGGCUGGGUGAGCAGCGCUGCCCCCAUCAGUGAGCUGGAGGCGGACUACCACCGCCGCCAGACCGGCUUCAUCAAGCGGGAGAGGGCCCGCGCGUAUGCCGCCUCUUUCCAGAACUGGAAGACGGGGCCCGCGCCCAAGACGGUGACGUACAUCCCCAACGACCCCGACCACGAGGGGUGGGGCUGGGGCUGGCUGGAGCGCUGGAUGGUGGCCCGCCCCUGGAGGAACCGCAGCUUCAUCGACGCCUCCGACCUCUCUCGCAAGGACUGGGCACCACCUCGCAGAGUGAUCAGGUUCAACAGCGAGGGGGGGGGGCCUCUUUCUCGUCGUCUGUCUGACGGCGGUGCCUUCCCGGCCAAGGUGGUGGAGCGGGAGGAGCCGAACCUGGAGCGCGACUUUGGCGAGCAGCGCCAGUGCAAGUGGUGCGGCCGCCUCUCCAGCCGCGUCAAGGACACGGAGGCGGGGCCGCUGUGCGGGGUGUGCCAGCUCAACACCGCCACUGCGACGCGCCUCAACAAGGAUCCGUACGCCCAGACCGGCACCAAGGUCCCCAAGCAGGAGCCAGACUUCCCGACCAAGGUGGUGGACUGGGAGGAGCCGAACCUGGGGAAGGCCGCGAGCGAGCAGCGCCAGUGCAAGUGGUGCGGCCGCCUCUCCAGCCGCGUCAAGGACACCGAGGCGGGGCCGCUGUGCGGGGUGUGCCAGCUCAACACUGCCACCGCCACGCGCCUCAACAAGGAUCCAUACGUGGCUGCAGGCCCCAAGACGGACUCCCCCACCGCGGCAAGCAGCAAGACCCGCAGUGUGCCCGCAACCCUGGCCAUCCCUCGGAAGGCAGCCACGCCAUCCCCCACCGCGGCCCGCGCCGAGCGCCGCCUGAGCUUCCCGCCAUCCCCCAAGGUGGCGGCCGCGUCGCCGGGCACGCCCAAGAGCAUCAUGUCCCCCAUGGGCACCCCGCGCUUCAUGCAGCCCACCGCGUCGUCGCUGCCCAAGUUCCGCACCAGCACGCCCUCCCCGCGCCUCAAGCCCAGCCCCUCCGCCGACAGGGGCACCCCUAAGGCGGUGCCCACCGAGGCCAGCCUGGCCACCCCGCCGCCCGCCACCCCGCACGCCAACGGACGCCUCGACAGCACGCCCAAGGUGGAGCCGGGCAGUGUCGGCGAUGGUGGCGCUGCAGGAGCGCACGCGGAGCAGGCCCUGGCAGCAGUGUCGCCUCACGAGGGGGCAAGAGACGGGGCGGAUCAGGUACUGAGUGGAGAGGAGACGAGGGGAGCGUAUUCCGGGGAAAGUGGGGCAACGACAGGCGCGGGGGCAGACACGACGGGGGCUGGCUUGGAGCCGUCGCAAGGAGCAAGCAACGGGAUGCAUCAUGUGCAGAGCUCGCCAGCAGCUUGGCCAAGCUCCAAGGGCGCUCCUCUUGUCGCCCAGUAACCAAUGCGAGCAGCUUUAUGUAUUUAUGAGAGGGGUGCAUGAGGAGAGCACGAUACGGUUCUGCAAUCGGCUAUUGCUGCAACAAGCAAGUGGAUGCUAUAUAGAUAGGAUACAGGAUUGACCAACUUUGAGAUAACUCAUUCGAGUCAAGGGCCCCUUGACACUUUGUGGUAUAGCUCACUUUUCUCAUACCUAGAGUUAACUUCUUUAAAAGCUUUUAAAAUUCUUUGAACAAGUAGUCCUGCCAUCUUGCUGUACCGAGACUUUGACGCAUGGCGGGACCAUUGAGAAUGGAUUGUGAUUGGACAUGGGGCCAUUACGACAUGUUGUACCAAACGGUAAGCGUCAGAAGCUAGCUGAGAUCAUCAUUUCUAACUCUUUGGCUUAUGAUUCAUG